AUGACAAAAAACUUUGAAAGAGCUCUUGGUGAAGGAGGUUUUGGCAUUGUCUAUCAUGGUUAUUUGAAUGGUUCAGAGGAAGUAGCUGUUAAGGUUGAACUUCUGCUGAGAGUUCAUCACAUUAACUUGGUUGGCCUUGUUGGGUAUUGCGAUGAACGAGGUCACUUGGCUCUCAUCUACGAAUACAUGUCCAACGUGGACUUAAAACAUCAUUUGUCAGGAAAACAUGAUGUCUCUAUUUUGAAGUGGAGUACUCGAUUAAGAAUAGCCAUUGAUGCCGCACUAGGACUGGAAUACUUACAUAUUGGUUGUCGGCCAUCAAUGGUACAUAGAGAUGUCAAAAGUACGAAUAUAUUGUUGGACAAGCGAUUCACUGCCAAAAUUGCGGAUUUUGGGCUUUCAAGAUCCUUCCAACUUGGAGAUGAAUCUCAUAUUUCAACAGUUGUUCCUGGUACUCCUGGAUAUCUAGAUCCUGAGACAGGUCGGUUGGCCGAGAUGAGCGAUGUCUACAGUUUUGGGAUAGUGUUAUUGGAGAUGAUGACAAACCAACGUGUGAUUGACCAAAACCGCGAAAAGCGACACAUAACAGAAUGGGUUGCGCUUGUGCUUAACAGAGGAGAUAUCACCCGGAUCAUGGAUCCUAAUCUUUACGGAGAUUACAACUCAAACUCUGUAUGGAAAGCUCUUGACUUGGCUAUGUCAUGCGCAAACCCUUCUUCAGAAAAACGACCAAGCAUGUCCCAAGUUAUUAGCGUGCUAAAAGAGUGUCUAACUUCAGAAAACUUGAUGAGAAAUCAGAAUCAAGACAUGGAGUACACUGAUAGUUCCCUUGAAAUGACCAUGAACUUUGAUACUGAAGUUAUCCCUAGGGCAAGGUAG